AAGUUUCCUCUCGAGUUCCCUCUCAAGCCCUCUCUCGAGUCCUCACUCCAGUCCCUAGUCAAGUGCCGUUGGAGGUUCCGCUGGGGGUCCUGCCAACUCCAUGUCCUGUCCCGUUGGGGGUCCCGCCGACUGCUCUUCUACCGGGGGUCCUGUCAACUCUAUGUCCCAUGCCAUUGGAGGCCCCGCCAUCUCCUGUCCUGCCGAGGGUCCUGUCAACUCCUGUUCUGUCGGGGGUCCCGCCGACAACUCUUCUGCCGGGGGUACUGCCAACCCCUUGUCCUGUUCCGUUGGAGUCCCCGCCAUCAUCUGUCUCACCGGGGGUCCUGCCAACUCCUGGUCCUCAUCCGUGGGGGAUCCUGCCGAGGCCUAUCCCACCGGCUCCGGUUCCUGUUCGGCCGACACCGGGCUCUGCUCGGCCUCUGGAGCUGUCUGGUCUUCGCCCUCGAGCCCGGCCCCCUGAGAGUCGCGGUCUUCGCCCUCGAGCCCGGCCCUCUGAGAGCCGCAGUCUUCACCCUCAAUCCCGGCCCCCUGAGAGCCGCGGUCUUCGCCCUCGAGCCCGGCCCCCUGAGUGGCCGCAUUCUUCGCCCUCGAGCCCGGCCCCCUGAGGGCCACGGCCUUCGCCCUCGAGCCCGGCCCCCUGAGUGCCGCGGUCUUCGCCCUCAAGCCCGGCCUCCUGACUUUCCCGGCCGUGGUCCUCGCCCUCAUGCUCGGCUCCCUGACUUUCCCGGCCGCGGUCCUCGCCCUCAUGCUCAGAGUGUUCUGUUCAGUCUUUGUUAAUAGUUUUGCCUUGAAAUAAAGGAGUUAUUUUUGUCACUUUAAUCUGCAUUUGGGUCCUGCUU